AGCGGGAGGACAGGCUGCUCAGGGAGAUGUAGGAGCCGGGGAGAGGAGAGCGCUAUCCGGGAGCAGGGAGCCGGCUCCUCGGGACUGAUCCCGGGGCUGUCGGCAGCGACUGAGCGAGGGACGGAGAUGAGCGUGUUGCUGGCCGCCGGUGUACUCCUGGCCCUGGGCUGGCUGUCCCGGGCAGCCGGGUUGGUGGAUGUGCCAGGGGUGAGGAGGCACUGUGAGUCCGGUGCCUGUAAUCCUCACCUGGGAAACCUGGCAGCAGCCAGGCAGCUCCAAACCAGCACCACCUGUGGAGUAAACAGCACUCAGCUCUUCUGCUCACACUUGGGAAGGGGCUGCUCAGAGGCAUUGACAUGUGGGAAAUGUAGUGGGAGUUCUAGCCUGCAUUCCCACCCAGCGGUGGCGAUGACCGAUUCAUCAUUCCAGCUCCCGCAGACCUGGUGGCAAUCCAGCCCGGGGAGUUACAGAGAGACCAUCCAGCUGGAUCUGGACACUUACUUCUACUUCACCCACCUCAUCAUGAUCUUUAAAUCUCCCAGACCCGCUGCCAUGGUUCUGGAACGUUCCCAAGACUUCGGCUCCACCUGGAAACCCUACAAAUAUUUUGCCACAAACUGCAGUGAGACCUUUGGACUGCCUGAUGACCUGAACCAGAUCGGGGCAAUUUGUACUUCCAGAUAUUCAAAUCCAUUCCCUUGUAACAGAGGAGAGGUUAUAUUCCGUGUUCUCUCCCAUCCGCACUCUGUGGAAGACCCUUACAGCGUACAAGCCCAGGAGCUGUUGAAAGUCACCAAUAUCCGAGUGCGUCUUCUCAAACGGCAGUCGUGCCCCUGUCCAAGCCUGGCAGCCAGCCUCAAACCCCAGCGGUUUGCACACUACGCAAUCUAUGACUUUAUCGCAAUGGGGAGCUGCUUCUGUAAUGGCCACGCUGAGGAGUGUGGGCCCACCGAGAGUUUCAGGCCAGCAAGGGGCAACUUUCAGACAGUGGUCCAUGGGAAGUGUAUCUGUCAACACAACACCAUGGGGGAGCACUGUGAACGGUGCAGGCCUUUGUACAAUGACCGACCAUGGAGACCAGCAGAUGGCAAGAGGGGAACUGCGAAUCCAUGCCGGAAAUGCACAUGCAACAACCAUGCAAACAGCUGCCAUUUUGACCUCAAGGUGUGGUUGGCAUCAGGUAAUCAUAGUGGUGGAGUGUGUGACAACUGUAGGCACAACACCGAGGGACAGCACUGCCAACUGUGCCAGACUGGCUUCUACAGAAACAUCAGAGUCCCCCUGUCUGCUCCAGAUACCUGCCUAGCCUGCUCAUGCCACCCUGUUGGCUCUGCCAUGUUACCUUCACAGCCCCGUGCCCCCUGUGAACCUGUGACUGGUGACUGUUUGUGUAAACCUGGUGUGACUGGGCCCCAGUGUGACAGGUGUAUGCUGGGAUACUGGGGCCUUGGAGAAUAUGGCUGCCGACCAUGUGACUGCCCUGAAAGCUGUGAUCCUUACACUGGGGACUGUACCAGCAGUGCUGUCGAUGUAAACUGGUACCAGCAGCCUGCAGACGCAGCUCCCAACCAGGGCCUCUUGUCCACUCUCACUGAGAGAGAUCUCACUUGGAACUGGGAAGAUGAACAAGGUUUUUCUGCUCUUAGACACUCAGGGAAGUGUGAGUGCAGGAAGCAAAUCCUAGGAAAUCCCAAAGUGUUCUGCAACAUGAAGUAUACGUUUGUCCUGAAAGUAAAGAUUCUCUCAGCUCAUGACAAAGGGUCACAUGCAGAGGUCGUCGUGAAGAUCAAGAAAGUGUUGAAACUGACAAAGUUGAAGAUUCACCGGGGCAAAAGAGUCCUGUACCUAGAAUCAUGGACAAACCGAGGCUGCACAUGCCCAAUUCUGAAUCCUGGUACAGAAUAUCUAAUCGCAGGGCAUGAGGACAUUCAGAGAGGCUAUCUAAUAGUCAACAUGAAGACCUUUGUGCAGGCUUGGAAACCCGAUGUCGGCAGGAGGAUAGCCCACAUCUUGAGAACAAAGUGCUAGAGGUGCCUAGUGUUUGAGAGCAGCGUAAUGUUUCCCGAUUGUAUCGAGCAGGUCUCUGUCCUAAGGGAAUCUGUCAGCCACACGAUCAUUGCGUUAAAGCCCUCAAACACAGUGGAUCUAAACUGGUCUGGGAUUCUUUUCUUUCUAAAAAAAAUCUUUUUGCUUUUUUUGUAUGUAAUAACGCACUUUAUUAGCUGACGGGUCAUGACAGGGGAGAGAUUAUUUGAAAUGUAACUCGAAAGGUGAAUGCAUUAAGGUGACAGGAGACUUAGUAGCAAUACUCCAGCUGUGAACCCCUUGCCACUUUCACCUCUCCUCCCCCUUACACACACACUCACACGCCCACAUACACAGAUAUAAAUACAAAGACACACUCUCGCACACACAUACUCAGAUACCUGCAUACAGUCUCUCACAGACACACACACACACAGACUGACGCACAGACACUCUGUAACACUGACAUGGAUUUUGAAUCAGGGGGAUGUCGCUUUGGCAGGGGUUUUGUGUGUUUACAAGCCACUGAACUAAACUUAUUGCAACAUUGUGACCUGGUAGUUGGCAUCUUUCAUAUUGGUAUGAAGGACCAAUCCCAUACACCGAGCAAGAAGCUGGACCCUUCAAACAGUUCAACAGUAUAUUUGUCAUUCUGAUUUGGAGUCUCCCUUCACCACUGGUCUUGGUGUCUAACAUUAAAGAUUUUCUGCAGAAGAAUGAUAGUUUUAUGUAGAUGUAAACCUUAUGCACUGGACAUAAAAGGGAAAAUUGCAGUGUUAUGUGUUGAUGUGUAGAUUUUAAACGAUAAAAUAUAGAAAUGUGUAUGCACUUAGCAGUCCAAUGGAUUUGCAAAAAUAUUU